GCGUGCUGCGCCGUGUGCCGUCGCUGGGUGUGCGUGCAUUACGCUAAAGUGCCAAAACACGGACCAUGGGGUGCCGCCAGUCCACGGCGGCCAGUGCCCCAGCACCACACGGCCGCCCCCUCGUCAGGUACUCUGUCGAGGCGUCAAGGCGAUCGUUACUGCGGAUUGCCGACCACCUGGAUGAACUUGAAGAUGCCGUUCCCGAUGCAGUGCUUGCCAAGUGGGAGCGCAUCGUCGAGCAGGUCAUCGCCGCCACUGUGGACACGUCGCAACUGGAGCCGACAACGCGACGAAUCGAUCCAUGUGUCGAGCGCGCGGCAAGCAGCCAACACGACGUUGAGAUCGUACGAAGAACCGCGUUGAAACCCCAAGACGCCGCGUCGCCGCCAGUCGUCGAUGGCACGCCACACGAUUCGGUCGUCGGCAACCGAGUUGGCGCCUCGAGCUCGUACUGGGGCACUGACGACACGCCUGCUGCUGCACGAUCCAGUCAAGAUGCCAACGUGAACGUUGUGCUGCAAAACACUAUGCCAGCGGCAUCGCUUGUCGCCGCUCCAUCCAACCCUGCUCCAGCGCACAUGCCCGAGGAUCCAGGUCGGAAACGACAUGGCGGCACGGACGGUGCCCAGAUCGCACCACCCGAAGGCCUCGAGACCGCGCGCUCGCAGCGCUCCAACACGAUGUUGUCGUUUGUGAAAGCGAGAGAUACCACAUCGUCCAGAUGUCGCAACGACGCGGUCGGCUCGUUGGCAAACCCCACGCAGCCAGUGACCGUCGAUGGUUCCACCGACAAGGUGACCACGGACGCUGUUUCCGGCAUCGCAGCCACACGGACGACCUGCAUCCCCUCCUGCUCACUCGCCCCCGCGGCGAUGCUCCAAAACGCACAUGACGGCCCCCCGAGUGCGAUGGGCUUCAUGCUCCAGCCGCUGGACCAAGCGCAGCUGGAGCCCGUGGUGAGCACACCGUUGAGUUGGGUCCGGGCUGGAGGUUCGUCCUCGUGUCGACUAGGCACUUGUGCAAUGUAGCGAUCCCACGUACCCCUCAACUUUAGCGCCCACCGCGUUCGAGGUUCGAGGCACGAUCAUCGACGGCGGCACCGCCAUGUUCAUGGUGCACGCACCGAACCGUUCCAAACCAAUCUACCGCCAGUUCAACGACUUCAAGCAGCUGCAUGCAGCCGUGGCGCCUGUCAUGGCGCUCCCAGCGCACCGCAGUCUAACGUUUCCACCGCUUCCUCGCGCAGGGCUCUUGACGAGACUCGUUCGGCAAAAACAAGCGCUGAUCCACGACCAGUCGCUCGUAUUUGAAGCGAUGCUGAAUGCGAUUGCAUCCCAUCCACUCGCGUCCGAGAGCGUCGACCUGCAGCGCUUCUUGGCCUGAACUCCUGAAUAAUGUAAUGUACAGCAACUGCCAUGAAAAGCGGCAUGGCUCUGGACGAGCGGCGUGGUUGCUAUGAGGAAUACGCCCACGAACCGUGUGUGGCUCGACCCUCGAUCACUCGUUGUGUUGAGUCGUGAAUCUUG